AUGACUAUUACUCAGAAUCUUCGCUCUUUUACUUCCCACGACUCCGUCGAUGCCAGAGCUCCUCCAGCGACUCCUGCCACACCCCCACUUCCCCCUAACGGGGGCUUCGCAGCCUGGAUAGGCGUCUUUGCUGGAUUUCUGCUGUUCAUCACCACUUGGGGCUUUUCCACCGCCUAUGGCGCCUUCCAGCAUUACUACCAGAUCGAUCUACUGAGCAGCAGUUCUGCGUCACGGCUCUCAUGGAUCGGUACUGUCAAUGCCUUCUUUCUUAUCUCAACGGGGGUUAUUGCUGGCCCCCUAUUCGAUCGGGGAUUCUUGAUACAUUUAAUGACUGCCGGGUGUUUCCUGACCACACUGGGGCUGAUGAUGCUAAGCCUUUCCCACAAGUACUACCAGGUCCUGCUCUCUCAGGGCUUCUGCUGUGGAAUCGGCAGUGGCCUAAUCUACGUGCCUGCGCUGUCUCUGGUGUCUACAAGUUUUACAACACGCAGAGGAAUUGCUGUUGGUGGUGUUCUCUUCCCUAUUAUCUUUAUCCGCCUCCAACCACGUAUUGGCUUCCCAUGGACUGUUCGAGUUAUGGGAUUUAUCCAGCUAGCUUGCUCGUGUGUUGCAGUACCACUGCUUAUGGCCACCACGAAACCGAAACGCGCAUCACCUCGCCAGCUGAUCCAUUGGCAUGCGUUAAGAGAGUGGAGUUUUAAUGCCUAUGCAGUGGCCAAUUUCCUUAUAUUUAUGGCAUAUUUUAUUCCGCUAUUCUACGUGCCGGUCUUCGCCUCUCAAGCCCUGCAGACCUCAAAAGACAUGAGCUUCUACCUCGUUUCGGUACUUAAUGCAGGCUCUGCUGCUGGUCGUAUUGGAUCCGCCCUGUUGACACAGCGACUGGGUGCUAGUUGGAUCCUUUUCACCAGCGUUAUCGCAUCGGCGGUCCUCCUUUUCGGGUGGAUAGGCGUGAACUCGCUGGCAUCCUUUGUGGUAUUCUGUGUCCUAUUCGGCACCUUCUCCGGGGUGCUUAUCUCGGCGAACCCACUGGUUAUCGCUCACCCCGUGGUCUCGCCUACUCCUGCUAUGAUAGGCACACGAAUGGGGAUGCAGUGGUUUGCUACGAGUCUAGGUGUGCUAAUUGGGGCGCCACUGGCAGGGGUAAUAGAGGGACACGGCGGAGGAAAUGGGUAUCUGGGAUUGCAGGGGUUCAGCGGCGCCAUCAUGGCUGUGGGGGCGCUGUUCCUCCUUGUGCCGCUCGUGGCGGUGUGGAAGUAUGAUCGCAGCCGCAAGGAAGAAUCUCGAUAA